AUGUCUUCUCCUAAAUGCUUGCUGGUGUUGCUCCUUCUCGGAGUUGCAGUGAUUCUCUCCACAACCCCUUCAUCACUUGCUGAUGACCGCCAUGAACCUCCUAAACGUAAAGGUGAGAAACCACGCCCAAAACACAAGCCACCACAUGGUCACUUUCUAAGUGAAAAUGUAGAGGACUUUCAUGGACCUCCAAAGGGUAAGGGAGAGAAACCACCACCUAAGCACAAACCCCCGCAUGGACACCUUUUAAUUGAGGAUGAAGAGGAUUCUUUUAAACAUCAUAAGGGAAAGGGAGAAAAGUUUCCACCUCAUCACAAACCACCACAUAAGCCUCCAACGGAAUAUAGACGACUUUUGCCAGCUGAGGAGGUCGUAGAGGAGGACCAUAAUGCUAAGGGAUUUAAGCCACCACCAAAACAUAAGCCACCGCACGGACAUCUUUUGGCUGAGGAAGAAAGAUGUAGUCGAGGAUUCACACAAGGGAAAGGGAAAGGGAGAGAAGCCACCACCAAAACAUAA